GAAUCUGAGCACGCUGAUGAACGAAGAGCUGAUGCUGAAUGACCAGUCCUACAAAGACGUGACCGGAAGUGGCGGCGGCUACAGCACCGGACGUGACGUCACCAUCGACGACGAGGACUUCGACGACGAGGACAUAUCAUCAGCAGACGGGAGCGGUUCCGGCAGCACGACACCUGUACACACUCCGGAGCCAGGUAGGUCGUGCUGACAUUGUACCUAACACAAACAGCGUUGUUUAAAGUUGUUUUGAAGCAAAAUGAAUCUAAACACGUGAAUGGGGGAGGCCCCGGAGCUAACUGUUCAUUAAUUCCGGCAUGUGAGGGGGUUGGUGUUUGAUUUUCUCAUUUUCCCCUUUUCCCAUAUUCUUAUUUUCCCAUUGUCUCAUUUUCCCAUUUCCUCAUCUUCCCAUUGUCUCAUUUUCCCAUUUUCUCAUCUUCCCAUUUUCUUAUUUUCCCAUUGUCUCAUUUUCCCAUUUUCUCAUCUUCCCAUUUUCUUAUUUUCCCAUUGUCUCAUUUUUCCAAUUUUCUCAUCUUCCCAUUUUCUUAUUAUCCCAUUGUCUCAUUUUCCCAUUUUCCAAUUUUCUCAUCUUCCCAUUUUCUUAUUUUCCCAUUGUCUCAUUUUCCCAUUUUCUCAUUUUCCCAUUUUCCCAUUGUCUCAUUUUCCCAUUGUCUCAUUUUCCCAUCUUCGUGCAAGCAACAUCGUAGAUAAGAUUAUAUGGGGGAGGGGGUAUAACCAUUAUUUGAAUGGACGCUGGCAGUUCACUUGUCAUAAGUUGGCAGUCCACGUGUCACAAGCUGGCAGACCACAUAUAACACGAUUUCGGACCACAUGUCACAAAAUGGCAGACCACUGGUCACAAGUUGGCAGACCCCAGGUCUCAAAUUGGCAGACCACGUGUCACAAAAUGGCAGUCCACGUGUCACAAAUUGGCAGACCACAUGUCACAAAUUGGCAGACCACAUGUCACAAGCAUGUUAACCAAAAACUCAUUGUGGGUCAUUCUUCAAAGUUCAUUUCAUCUUGAAAAUGUCUCAUUGGCGCUUUAAAUAACAUGUUUAAUGUUUAGGAUUGAACGGAAAUCUAAGUGUGUGCGUGUGUGUGUGUGGCGGAGUUGUGAAAGGGGGACUCCACAAAUAAUAACAGUAAUUACAGCUUUCCUCCGACUAUGGGAGUUAAAGGUCAUCAGGAAAUCAAAGUCUUUCAUCUUUAGUCAGACCCGCUAUCGAUCAGGGCUAGGCGGUCCUUGCUGACAUUGAUCUGUUGGCCGUAUCAAUGAAAUCAAUCAACUACGAUUAAAUGUCAUCAUUGUUGAUAAACGUUUGUUUCAUGGGCGGAGUCUUGCUACAUGAAACGUGUCGCCAGGGGCCGCCCGUGAACGACGGAGUGUGGUUUCCAAAUUUGCAAGACGUACUACAAGAAGAGAACCUCAUAGAAAUAACACAACCCAGUCCCACGACCCAACAACCCAGUCCCAACAACCAAGACCCAACAACCCAGUCCCAACAACCCAGUCCCAACAACCAAGACCCAACAACCCAGUCCCAACAACCAAGACCCAACAACCCAGUCCCAACAACCAAGACCCAACAACCAGUCCCAACAACAAACACCCAACAACCCAGUCCCAACAACCCAGUCCCAACAACCGAGGCCCAACAACAAACACCCAACAACCCAGUCCCAACAACCGAGGCCCAACAACCCAGGCCCAACAACCAAGACCCAACAACCCAGUCCCAACAACAAACACCCAACAACCCAGUCCCAACAACCCAGCCCCAACAACCAAGACCCAACAACCCAGUCCUAACAACCAAGACCCAACACCCAAGACCCAACAACCAGCCCCAACCACCAAGACCCAACAACCCAGUCCCAACCACCAAGACCCAACAACCCAGUCCCAACAACCAAGACCCAACAACCCAGUCCCAACAACCAACAACCCAGUCCCAACAACCAAGACCCAACAACCCAGUCCCAACAACCAAGACCCAACAACCAGUCCCAACAACAAACACCCAACAACCUAGUCCCAACAACCAAGACCCAACAACCAGUCCCAACAACAAACACCCAACAACCCAGUCCCAACAACCGAGGCCCAACAACCCAGGCCCAACAACCCAGAAUCCUAUGAAUAGGCCAACCACUCAGAGUUCUGGCCAUAACGUGGUAUUCCUGUGAAUAGGCCAACGACUCAGAGUUCUGACCACAACGGUCACCUGUGACACUACGAUCGGUUUUCUGGUCAACCUCCAACUUCCAAAGGGAACUAAUGGCUGCCAAGGAAAGAAAGAGGGUACUGUUAGGGGGCGGCACCCACAGGAAAUGAGUUGAAACGCGAUGGCCUCAUGGGAACGUUGUAUUUCAUUGGGCAACGCUGUUGGAUCUAUUUCCAUAAUGGCGCCAUGGGUAGUUUUUUUGUUUUAUUUUAUAGAAUUGUUUCAACUUUUUAGUGUUGUGAUUGAGUUGAGAUCCGAGCUCAUCUACCGUCGUCAUCAGUUUCGGUGAUUGCUUUUCGUUAAAAGCUUUUCGGGGGGGGGGAUAAUAAACAUUACAACCUAUUGCAAGACAAACGAGACACUUACUAAAUGAGACACUUACUAAAUGAGACACUUAAAAAUGAGACCUUGACUUAAUGAGACACUUAAAAAAUGAGACCUUGACUUAAUGAGACACUAAAAAAUGAGACCUUGACUUAAUGAGACACUUAAAAAUGAGACCUUGACUUAAUGAGACACUUAAAAAAUGGGACCUUGACUUAAUGNGUCCUAAAUCAAUAUGUAGGAUGUUUGUAACUUUCAUGGAAUUUGUGUGUGUGUGUGGGGGGGAGCAGUGUUGACUCCAAACGGGUUGUCUAUAGUCCAAGAGAGAGUGGACAGAGGCAGUUCCCCAAGGUCUUGGACACGGACCUUUCCGUCCACUGUCGUUAUAAAAGGAAUGAGUACGGAUUAUGAAGUGAUCUGUUUGUAAAGAUAUAUGAAAUGAUCUGUUUAUAAGGAUAUAUUUUAUGAGUGAUAUUUUAAUUAAUAUAUAUGAAGUGAUCUUUUAAUAAAGAUAAACGAAGUAUUUAUUUUAGUUUUUUUACAUAUUGGGUAACCCACAUAUCAAUCAACCCAAGUAUCAAUCAACCCACAUAUCAAUCAACCACGUAUCAAUCAACCCACAUAUCAGUCAACCCACGUAUCAGUCAACCCACGUAUCAAUCAACCCAUGUAUCAAUCAACCCAUGUAUCAAUCAACCCACGUAUCAAUUAACCCACGUAUCAAUCAACCCACGUAUCUAUCAACCCACGUAUCAAUCAACCCACGUAUCAAUCAACCCACGUAUCAAUCAACCCACGUAUCAAUCAACCCACGUAUCAAUAAACCCACGUAUCAAUCAACCCACGUAUCAAUCAACCCACGUAUCAAUCAACCCACGUAUCAAUCAACCCACGUAUCAAUCAACCCACGUAUCAAUCAACCCACGUACCAAUCAACCCACGUACCAAUCAACCCACGUACCAAUCAACCCACGUAUCAAUCAACCCACGUAUCAAUCAACCCACGUAUCAAUCAACCCACGUAUCAAUGAACCCAUGUAGUAGCCUGUAUGGAGAAAGAAAAGUCACAGGACCAUAAAUUGUUUUUUGUAACAAUUAAUUAAUCAUUUUCAAUUCCUUUCACAUUUUGUAUUUGAUCCUAUUCAUCCUAAUUAAUUUUUUUUGUAUUCGUCUUCUUGGAGAUGAAUCUUUAAAACACCUAACUGUGUUUUCUCACAAUUUCUCCUCUCUCCCUGCAGUGAUCACCACCACGACCAGAGCCCCAAGUAUUGUGACACCCAAAUCGGGACCUAAAGAUUCAGCUGGACACAUGACGGCGUCCUUCACCAUGCUGCUCUUAUGUGCCGCGGUGUGGUGUCGACUCUGCAAGGCCUUAUAACAUCAAGCAAUGUGAUUCAGAUGGAUGCGUGUUUGCAGAGAGGGGAAAAAAUGGACGGUGUGAGAAUCCUUGAGCGAGGCUAAUAAAAGUAUUUUAUUUUGAUCUAUUGUAAAUUGUACUGUAAAUGAUACGUUUUAAAUGAAGCUGUGCAAAAGUAAGUGUAUUGUGAAUAUUUAAGAGCAUUCAAUGUGGAUGGUUCGUGGGAAGUGAGCUCUCCUGGCUGAAAAGGGUUGCAAAGUGUACGUACAAUUGUAUUGAGUGUAAAUAAAUUGACAUAUGGCAUUUAUUAGUACUUGCAAUUUUCAGUUUUCAUUGAAUUUCUGGGAUAAAUGGACCACAGGGUAACACCACACUUAGAGCUAGUGAAAAGGAACACAGGCUCUUAUAAUGAAAUAUUAGAACAGAAAAUAAUCUGAAAAUUAUUAUGAUGAGAACCACUGAUAAAUUAUAAAAAAAGUUGAACAAUUUGUUGGAGAUGUAUAAGACUUGCUGUUUGGUCCCACAUCUGAUAUUUUAUUUUAUUUGUUCAUCGCUGUAGUUGAAUAUCAGAUAACCCUAAGGUAUUAUUUGGACAAUGAUAACUUUAAGACACACUUAGUCCACCUCUACAAGACACACUUAAUCCAUAACUACAAGACACACUUAAUCCACUGCUACAAGACACUUAAUCCAUGACUACAAGACACACUUAAUCCACUGCUACAAGACACUUAAUCCACUGCUACAAGACACUUAAUCCACUGCUACAAGACACACUUAAUCCACUGCUACAAGACACACUUAAUCCACAGCUACAAGACAUACUUAGUCCACUGCUACAAUACACACUUAGUCCAAAGCUACAAGACACACUUAGUCCACUACUGAAUGACUCACUUAAUCCACUGCUACAAUACACACUUAGUCCACAGUUACAAGACACACUUAGUCCACAGCUACAAGACACACUUAGUCCACAGCUACAAGACACACUUAGUCCACAGCUAUAAGACACACUUAGUCCACAGCUACAAGACACACUUAGUCUAAUUUGAAGUGACUGAUGCAUCUAAAGUCUAAGUACAGUUUAUAGGUCAGUGUGUGAAAUAAAAAAUGAAGUAUGAAAAAUUGCAUAAAAAGUGACUUUUGAAAUCACUGCUGUAAUUAUAUCUUCAGGUCCACUUAUAUUGUGUAUUAAUUGUGCUCUCUCUCUGUACUGUAAGCUUGUGCCAUUCCUUGUUAUUUUUCCUAGUGCUAUUGUGAAUGGUUAGUGCCUUUUGUCAACAAAAACCCUUGUCGGCCAGAUUUUUCUCCCUCUGAAUGCUGCAAUCAUCUUUUCAUCUUUUUUUUUCCAAUAUAUUAUUUAUAAACUUUUGGAAGUCUUGUAUUUAACUUCCUUUUUUUAUUCAUGUUAUGACAUAAACAAUGAAUUUUACAGAAUGUAGGUAAAUUGUAUUUAGUAAAACAUAUUGUAAUUUUUCAUUUUAUUUAUAGUUUUUUAUUUAGCACUUGAAAACAAUUUUUUUUUAAAUAUGCAGGCAUUGUACUUAAAGUCAAGCCCCUUAUCUUCCAUUGUUAACUUUAUUCUAAUUGCCAGUAGCUAUAAAACUUAUUUCUUGUUAUUUGGAUAUUCUUCCAGAUAGAAAUAAUUUUGAAUUAUUGGUAUUAGAACUUCCACUUCAAAUGUGGCCUACUAUUGCCUCUGAACUUCGUAUAUCUCAAACAACCACACAAAAAAAAAAAAACCCUCAUUGUUCAAUAAUAAUCCUGUCCCUGAUUGUUAAUCAAUACUUUAAUUUACUGGGGUUUUUUAAACUCUAAAAUUAGCAUUUUUUAAUAAACGCUGAAGCAGUUAGAAUAUAUUUUUUAAAAUUAUUAUUUUUAGGCAGUGAAAACGAGGGUUACUGACAGUAUAUUAUUUCUUACCAGACGUCCGUUUGCAAUAAAUGUGUCUUUAAAUAUAUUAGGCUUUUACAUUUUUUUUUAUUUUGGGCAGAUCUCUGCGUGUUCAGAACACACAACUUUAUGGACAACUUUUUUUUUUUCAUUUUAGAGCAUGAAAAUAAAAUUGUUGUGAAGUAGGCUCUUGUAAUGUUUCAGUGACCUCUAGUCAGGGCCGGCCCUAACAAUUGCGGGGCCCACUGCGGCCGCAUAGGUUGCAGUGGCCCAAGGCCGGCCCUGUCUCUAUUAGUAAAUGCAAAUGUCUUUUUUCUUUCAUUAAAAAAAAAAAAAAAAAAAAAANA